AUGGAACGAUUCGGACAGUUGCAAGAAUAUUAUUGGCAGGAAUACGUCGAGCAGCUGAGCGCCUUGCACCACCCUGAACAAAUCGAUACCAGUGAUCUAGCGCUAGCUUUAAGCAAAAAUAACUUUGUUGUACGGAUAUCUCGUGAAAGCAACUCAGAACUUCGAAUGAUAUUCGCUGGGCUGUCGUUGGUACCUCGAAUCGUCAAAUCGAAGAUAUUGUUAGAAUUGUGCGACUCACCGGCGCGAUCAAAAGAGAUAGUCGAGACCAUGAGUGGCGGCAUGCUGGGCGAAGCGCCCAUGAUCAGCAACAGACCGAAGAUCUGCUUUGGCGUCUUUCGAGAACAACUGCUGUUCGUAAACGAUGACGACGAUGCCGGGACGGCUGCAUCUGCUGCAGCAGCCGCAGACGACAACACCGAGUUCAACGAGCUGAAAGAGAAGCGGAAAAAAAUCAAAAGCAAAGACUCGAUUUUAUCCAAGAAGAUCAAAAGUGACCCUAAUGCUCCGCAAUGGACUCGUAUUCCUCUUCCGGAAAUGACGGAAGCUUGGAAGCAGGAACGACAAAGCGCGCUUCGUGAAAUAUGCAAAAGACUCAAGAUUUCCCAGGAAAGGCUUCCCUCAGCCUGUUUUUAUACAUUGUUGAACACUUUUGCAGGGGUGUGUUCUUGUGAGAUAACGGAGGAUUCGUCAUUACUUAGUGUCGGAUACCGAGAUUCUUUGGUUAAUAUUUUUUCCUUGUCCCCAGAGCCGUUGAAACCUCUAAAGCCUUUUUCAGAAUUGGAAAAACUGGACAAAGACUCAGGUAUUGUUUUUUUUUCGACUGACUGACC